AUGGAGGCUAAAGUCGCCCCGCGGUCCUGCGAGCUCUCUCGCGGCUCUCCAAGGUCUCCUCCAGGCGCCAGACGCAGAAGUGCCAGCGCGUCUCCGAAGCGGCGCUUGGACAAUCAACCGACAUGUCCGGGUCCCUUUUCCUCUUGCCGCUCCACCGCAAACGGCCACCAAGUCGUUGUAGCUGUAACUGAACGCAAACUCCCGACAUUGUCCCCUUCUUCUUUUCUCCCUUCCUCUUCUUUCCACCUGUCCUCUCUCCACAGUCCUCACCCUUCUGCUUCCUCGCCCCACGAUCUUGCCUCUUCUCGCCAUCCCUUCUCUUCCCCGACUUCUUCCUCUUUCUCCUCUCCCUCCUUUGUCCUCGCUUUCUGUUCGCGUGCGAAGCAGGCGCAAGCGUCAGCGGCUCUUGGUGAAGAGCAUCUUUCCGCGGCCUCUGCUUCUUGCAUCACAAGCCAUCGACCGCGGGGAGCUUAUGUGUGUGGAGAAACGUCUGCAUCCGCACCAUGCGUCUCCCCAACUCGUCCGAGUCGUCCGAAAGAAGCCCCCCCUGUCAUCUCUUGCUCUUCUCUUCUCUCGACGCCCGCUUCUUCUGCUUGGUCACCUGCUUCCUCCUCGGCGUCUGUCGCCUCUCCAUCUGCGCCUUCUGGCUUGCCUUCGCCUCCGCCUCCUCCCCCUGCCGCGCUGCCGCCUCCUCUCACGCAAAGCGCUCCAACUGCGCGGCUCUCAAGCGCCGCUUCCUCGGCCUCUGUCGUUCGUAAGCCCCGCAAGACAGACGCUGGCCCCCUGCCAAGUUCUGUCCGCGCCGGAGGGGAGCAAAGACGAGCGACAAAAAGCGAGAGAACGAGUCCGAAAAAGGCAUGCGCGCCGUCGGCGCCUCGGCACCUCCCUGCACAGGUGCCCGCGCCUCGACCGCCACAUGCUCCGGCUGGACGUACACCUCACCGGCGACGCGACACAGACGCAGAGUCCGCGGGGCGUCUUCGCCUCCUCUCCUCCACUCGAGUCUUCAGAGCUUCUCCACGAGAAUGCCGAUCGAAGCGAAGCUCCUUUCGUUUCCCUGCCUGGCCGCUUCUGUGGAAGACCCCAGCGGAGAGGCGCUCUGUCCCCAGGGUGCUUGCAAGCAAGAAAAUGCAAGACGAGAAGAACGAGGCUUCCCCCUUCACCUCCCCGACCUCGGCUCUCUCGAGUCCCGAGGCUCUCUGUGCGUCGGGGAGCUCACCUCUAUCGCCUUGUUCCUCUGAUCGCAGCGCGCCCCUGCUUGUUCAAGACAGGCCGCCCGCCGUUGGACGGAAAGACGAAGGUCGCGUCAAAGCCAUCGACGAAAUCCCGACCUUCCGACUGUAUGCAGCCGCUCCUCACCUCCCGCCCGAUCUAGCGGCGCGCUCUACGCAGUGCGGAGCCUCGGCCGUACGUCCACUUCGCGAUCGCCGGCCGAGCCACCUGGCGGAUGUCUGCUCGCAGAACGCUCCAGUCCGCAGUCCUUUCUCCCGGUCUUCGAACCCCACAACGCUCUCGGUUCCUGCCGCUUCGCGCUUGAAUCGGCCGAGACUGUCUCCGUCAACGUGCAGUCCCCAUUCUGCGUCUUCCUCGCCCGCGUCCUUUCUGUCUGUCUCUGCAUCUCCUCCCACCGUCACGGGAGCAUCCCGGCUAGCUCCUCGCUCUCGCGUGAGGUGCGACGUCCAAUCCUCCUGUGGAGAAAGACCCCACAAAGUCCGGCUGAGAGUCUCCGCCACAGCCCCCCAGCGUCCAGAAGUCCAUCCUGCCCCUGCUGUCUCUCCACAGCGAGCCAGAGCCGCCGCGCGAACGAACCGCCUGUCUCGGGUGUCUUCCGGCGAGCCGCUUGUCGCUUGGUUAUCCAGAAGACACGACGCCUCGCGCAGAUACGAGCGGCUGAGUCCGCUCCGUUGCAGCGAGGUCCCCAGGCCUUCCCGCUCGCCCUCCGGCGCGCGUCUCUUCCAGAGGCGGGCCUCUGCGCCCUCUGCUGCGCUCAACGCGGUGUACCUACACCAGGACGGUUUCCGGUCGCUGCAGCUAGCUGCUUCGCGCCGGGCCUCAGGGACUUCUGUCGGCGCGCGGCGCGAGGCGCCUGCGCUUGGGCGGAGAGACACUGAGGGCGGUCUCCGCUGCAGCUUGUUUGUGGCCGAGAGACAAGGCCUGUCCAGGCGUGUCUCCGCUCGCGAAGGGGCCUGCGGAGGCCUCUGCGCUCUGGGUGAGCGGCGAGGAAGCGAGAGAGACUCCUCCUGCUCCGCGCCUCUGUGGGGCCGGCAGGCCAGUGGGUGGGCGUCGGCGCUGGAGCGCUUGCGCCAGGCUUGCGGCGAAGAGUUGCGAGAAGACCUCUCCCGCCUCCUCGAGAAGCGAGGACAUACCUCGCCGGGCAUGCAUCCCUUCGAGACCUGCUGGCGACGCGUCCCCUCCUGCGGCGGCCGGACCCUCAGUGGGGCGAGUGUCUCGGAGCGACGCACAGGCUCUCGGCUCCGGGAAAUUGCAGAGGCAGUUGCAAGCGGAGAAUUCGAGGCCUGGCAGGUGGAAGACGCUGAUAACGAGGCGUCAGACGCUCUGGGGAGCGGAGGUGUCAAACGCGCUCUUCGUCAGACAGAAGAGAAAUUCCAGGGGUUCCUUUGCUUCGUCGUCACCGUCGGAGUCCUCUUGUGCGCCGUCGCCGCCGGAAUCGUCGCAGGCAUCGUCAUGGCCUCGUCAACGCCCAGUCCGUCUGGCGCGCUUCUCCGCGUCUCCUUCGCUCUGCCGUCAGUCUCCGAUACAGAAGAACCGUUCCGCCAAGACUCCCGACUCGACAGCGCCUGGAGAGACGAGGCCGACGCAAGGAAUUCCAGAGACACAGACGCGACACAGGAGAUAGGCGAGAGACGCAAUGCAGGACAAAUCGGUCAGGCAGGCCGAGUGCGAAACACAGGACAAGUAGGACGAACGGCGGAGUCAGCUACUAAAAAACAGGCUUCUCAGUCGACAACGGACAUCUCGAUCUCGAGUCUCAACUCUCUCGUUCUCCUCCUUCCGCCUGCCUCAGGAGACACAACGGAUGUCGCUGGAGUCCUCACAGGGGGCUUUGUCGUGACGCUCGCCGUCCACAACCAAGGGAUCAAGACGAACUUCUCGGCGCUUCUGGAACUCACAUAUCUCCCCGCAAAUGACAUCGGCCAGGCCGCUUCAUCCCUAUGCUUCGCACCUGAGGGCUCCGACGUUCACCUGCUACCAGAGGUCAGUGAGGCGCGAAGCUCCCUAAGUCUCCAGUCCAGCGCUCUGUCUGGAACAUCGAAGUCACUCCGCAGUUCGGCCGCAGCACUGCGCCGCCUGUCUCUCUCGACUCUCGACUCCGCUGGUCCUCGCGAGACUCCCGUCGGCUGUGCAAGCACUGAGGCGGAGAGUCUCUGUCGGGCCAUCUGGGAGUCCUCGUUCUCCUCCUCCUUUCUGCUCCCUCUCGCCAUCUCCGAAGGCUCCCGCGAGAGUCACCUCGGCCGCCCCGCUCUGCGGCAGGUCGUGCUGGAUGCUACUUUCACUCGAAAACUGAAAACGUUGCUCGCUCAAAAAGACUCAGCAAACCGUCGCCCAGCCGCCCGAGGCCAAGACGCGUCUGCAAACGCAAAUACCUCUGCAAAUUCCGCAACGGCUUCGUCUUCUCUUCCUUCUUCUGCCCGUGUGUGUUCUUUCCCCCCUUCCUCUUCUUCUUCUCUUAUCCCUGCUCCCGCAGGCGAGCAGAUGUUGGCUGUGACGCCUUGGCUAGACUGGACAGGCUUCAAGGGCGGCUACAACGAAGUGACGGUGGCAGUGAACUUGAAUCGGCGAAUCGGACAAUCCGAGGUGUCUCUUCUCGAGGCCCUCCGGCGGGACUGUGCUCUCUUCGGCCGCGUCUACGUCGCAGUCGCCUUGAAGGAAGUCAUUCGAAAUUCUCCCUUGCAAACCGGUGACCCGGAGAACUGGUGGAGCCUCGCCUUUCGCCUUCCUUGCAUGCGCGUCGAGGGAACCACACCCCCUUCUCAAGCGGUCGCGGGGACAAGAACACGAGCGUCGCUUGGGAGACACCACCGCGCCGGCGUUUCUGGAGCGCAGAGGGCCGUCUGGGUCUCUGAGUCGGAAGGCUCUCUUCCUCGGAAGAAAGGAGACUGGAACGAAGGGAUUGAACGCGAAACUUUAGUGGCAAGGAAAAAAGGAGAGCGCGGAGGAGAGGGAGAGAUAGGCGAGGAAAGUGAAGAACGUUUUGAACGAGCAAAGGCCUCGAGAGAGCCUCACGCGAGAGCAGCGGAAACGACCUGGCCUCCGAGGCUCUUCAUUUACAGUGCUGUGCUUGGGGACAGUCGAGCAAGCUUCAAAGCAGUUCUCACCGAUGUCCUCCUUAGAUGGCUAAAAAGAUUCCCCACAUGCAUGCAUGUGAUCCAGAGACUCGCGGCGGAGUCUGGAGUAAAAGUCGCGCUGCCAACCAUCAUCCACUGA